CUCUCUCCUCUCUGUCUCUCAACUUUAGCUUCUCAAUUUCUUUACCAGUCAAGCUUUUUUUUUUUUUUUUAAUAAUAAAAAAAUAAAAAAAAUAAAAAAGGGCAUUGUUGAUCUUCAAGAGCUUGAUUUGUAGUUGAAGAUACAGAUACAAAGUGCCGGAAGCCAGAUUAAACAGAUUUUGGCUGGUACUGUUAUUAUUGUGCUCCACCGAGGUUGAAAAUGGAGGCUUCAUCUUCUCCUGACGUGCAUAAUCUCUGAAGGUGACCAAACAGAGAAGGCCUGCAUUUUUCCUCUUAAAUUUAUAUGCAGAGUUCUGUUCCGAGGAAAACAUGUAUGAGUAUUCUUUUAGAUUAAACAAGAUUCAUUCACAUGAACAUGCAUUCCUCAUUACUGGUCUUUUUGAAUCUGGUCUGUGGGGGCUGCUCCAGUGGGUCAUGACAGUGUUGAGAAUAGAGGGUUAACAGAACAAAAUAACCAUAUGUGUUAUGACAAAAAGGAAGUUGCCAAUGGAGUAGUUAGUGAGAGGCAAGGAUUAGGGUCAUCUGAGGAAGAUGAGUCAAGGGUUGAUGAUGUAAAUGCAAACAAUGUGUCGCGAGGACAGCUCCAGGUGCAUGAUGUGUUGCAGAUACCUCAACAACAACCUCAAGGUUCCAUGAUACGUUGGGAAAGGUUUCUCCCAGUUAGGUCUCUCAAGGUUCUUUUGGUAGAAAAUGAUGAUUCGACACGCCAGGUUGUUAGUGCUUUGCUACGAAACUGCAGUUAUGAAGUUGUAGCUGUUGCAAAUGGUCUUCAAGCUUGGAAAAUUCUAGAAGAUUUUAACAAUCAUAUCGAUCUUGUCCUAACAGAGGUGGUCAUGCCUGUAUUAUCAGGUGUUGGUCUCUUAUGCGAGAUUAUGAACCAUAUAACUUUCAAGAAUAUUCCUGUUAUAAUGAUGUCAUCUCAUGACUCUAUGGGUCUGGUCUUUAAGUGUUUGUCAAAGGGUGCAGUUGAUUUUCUUGUGAAACCUAUUCGGAAAAAUGAAUUGAAAAACCUCUGGCAGCAUGUUUGGAGGAGAUGCCACAGUUCUAGCGGUAGUGGGAGUGAAAGUGGGACACACACGAAAAAAUCUGUAAAGUCAAAAAGCAUUGACGAAUCUGAAAAUAAUACAAGCAGCAGUGAUGAACAUGAUAAUGGAAGCAAUGGUCCUAGUACUGGGGAUGGAAGUGACAAUGGAAGCGGUACACAGAGUUCAUGGACAAAAAAGGCUGCUGAGAUUGACAGCCCACAGCCAAUGUCACCCUCCUACCAGUUGACCGAUGCUCCUGAUAGCACUUGUGCUCAGGUGAUCCGCACAGAGCCAGGAACUUUUAGCAACAGGUGGAUGCAUGUUGCUGACACAAAAGACUACCAAGAGCAAGAUGAACAGCUUGAUAAUGCUGAAAUAGGCAAGGAUGGAGUACGAGUAUUAAAAAUUCCAGAUUUCGAAUGUGAAGAUCAGUGUGAGAAUUUAUCUACCCCCAAAUCAAAGAAAAGGCAAACUAAGUUUCCUGAAGGAGAUAAUAAACUUCUUGAUGGUGAAAAGCUGGAGCAUAGCAAUGAUAAUUCGACUGGGAAACCAAGAGAUAGAGCUCUUAGUGUACUUAAUCAAAUCACGAAGUCUGCCAUUCCGGAGUAUGAAAGCAAAGACAUUGACACUCCAAAUGCCGCCUCUGGUAUCUUGCAGAUUAAAGACAAAGCAUGCAGUGAUCCUGGAGAAAUGCCAUCCCUAGAAUUAACUUUGACAAGACCAAGAGGCACAGUAGAUGACCGAAAUGCUGCAAAUGACGAUCGCAAUGUGUUAAGACACUCGGAUUUGUCAGCAUUCUCAAAAUACAACACUGCAUCAUCUGCUAACCAGGUAAUUUUCAGUAGCUUCCGAGUAUGCAGUUUUAAUCAUUGUUGGAAGUGGUUCUAUCUGAUUGGUAAUUUCACACCUGUCUUGCACGAUUCCUUCCACAUUAGAUGUCGAUUUUUGUGUGAGUAAUUUUCAACAUAAAAA